AAGUCAUGGCACGACAACCAUCCCAUUCCCAAAAGGAGAGCAGACAGAAGAUAAGGAAGGAAAUUUAGGAAUUGGGCCCUUCUCGUUCUGUCGUCCAUGUCUACUGUCUAAUGCUCUAUCUCUCUCUCACAUUCGUUCGUCUUGUCUUCAGUUCACCAUCCCCGCACCAGCGAAGAAAGUAUCUCUCCCUUUUAAUUCCAACUCUUUUUUGCACUCUGCUAAGGCCCAUCCGCAGUUCAAAUCCCACGCUACGUACAAGGAGGGCGGGACCGGGAGCGAAGCAUGGCCGGCAAAUUCAGCAAGUGUAUGCUGCUGUGCUGCUGUACAGAGGACCGCGUCACGAAGGACGACAUGGCGAACGACAAGUACGAGGAGGCUAUCGCAGAGCUGUCGAAGAUUCUCAGCGACAAGUGCGAGCUCCAAGGCGUCGCGGCAGCCAAGGUCAAGCAGAUAACGGCGGAGCUGGUGGCCGCCGAAAACGGGUUCGACCCGGUCGAGAGGAUCAAGUCCGGGUUCGUCCGCUUCAAGAAAGAGAAAUUCGAGAAGAAUCCUGCUUUGUUUGGCGAGCUUGCAAAGGGACAGAGUCCUAAGUUCUUGGUGUUCGCGUGCUCGGACUCGAGGGUGUGCCCGUCGCAUAUCCUCGACUUCCAACCAGGAGAAGCGUUCAUGGUGCGAAACAUUGCCAACAUGGUACCUCCAUACGACCAGACCAAGUACUCGGGAGUGGGGGCUGCCAUUGAAUAUGCGGUCCUGCAUCUGAAGGUGGAGAACAUUGUGGUGAUCGGACAUAGCUGCUGUGGAGGAAUAAAGGGCCUCAUGUCCAUCCCGGACGAUGGAGCCACGUCUAGUGAUUUCAUCGAACAUUGGGUUAAUAUAUGCGCGCCCGCCAAGACCAAGGUGAAAUCGGAUCACAGCAGCUUGACCUUUGCAGAGCAAUGCGCUCACUGCGAGAAGGAGGCAGUGAACGUGUCGUUGGGCAAUCUACUGACCUAUCCUUUCGUGAGAGAGGCCGCGGUGAAGCAAACCGUCGCGGUGAAGGGAGCACACUAUGAUUUCGUCAAGGGAGCAUUCGAGCUCUGGGAUCUCGACUUCAAACUCUCGCCGGCUCUUUCUGUGUGAGCCAGAAGACGAAGAGAUGGAUCGACAGGUCUAUAUACGAUGAGCCGGAGGUAUUUCAUGACAAGAGCGGUGUCGGUGUUCUGUUCUUUACCAAAGUUUCAUUUCUCCAAGAAUAAGCAGGAAGCAUAUAUCACAAAGACAGGAUUGCUGAUUUGGGAUUGAUCGGGCCUGAUCGACAAUGUUCGAGCUCGUUCGCGAGAAAAAAGAACCUCAGGGAUUGCUAACAUUGAUCUAAGCACUUGAAGGUCAUGGACGAGGAAAAAAAUUACAGGAUAAAAAAAAUUAGUGGGAUACAAUUAGGGAGAAUGCAACUCCCGAUCUAAACCGCGCGACUAGCAAGAGUUUACUAACUGUAGGCUAGAAUAAUGACAUAUAAUAUCAAUAUGUAAUUUUCACUAAACAAAUCUAAUUUUCUGGUAGAUUCGGCAA